UAAAUCAAAAGCAGGAACUUUGUGGAAAAUAAUUAAAAAAUCGUUUUACAUCUAUUACCAUUCUAAAGAGCAUCGAAUAAGAGUUGGAAUUUGUGUGUGUGUCUGUAUGCUAUUAUCUGCUUCUCCUGAUGUUGGCUGUUAUAAAAAAAUUGCAAGCCAUUUUUAACUGUGGAUCUUUUGUUUUUAUAGGUACUGAUCAAAGUAAUACACUUAAACUGCAAGCUUUAAUAAUAUUAGGCAUAAAAAUAUUGUCUACGUAGAUUGUUUCAAUGGCCUAUUGGCAUCGUUAUUACUGCCAAGUAGGUGAAUUGACUCUGUGGCCGAACCCUUUAAGUCCAGCAUUUAAUCAUCUUGUUAUUUCUAAGGAAGAAAAACAACUUGAUUGUGUUACAGUCCUGUGCUCAGAGCGCAAAUUAAGAGAUAAAAACAUCCCUUCAAAUCCUCUGGAUUAUUUCGAAGUUGAGAGUGACGAAGAAUAUUGUAUAAUUAACAAGUCAUUCAGCUCAAACGAGGCCAUCGAUUAUCCUUGCCGCUGUUCCAAAAACCAACCAUCUUAUUUAAACAAUACAACUCAACCUAAGAAGUCUCCGACUGGAAUGAGCAUUAAAAGUAAAUCGGUGCAAAAAGCAUUAAGCAUUCGUGCAGAACUUGACGAGAGCGCACUAGAGGAACUUGAAGUGAUGGAGAAAAUGGGAUUGCCGUCGUAUUUUCUGAACUCUCCAUGGGAUGCUGAAAAUGAGGAAUCUGUUGUUGUAAAUACAGAGAGUAACAAGAAAGAAAAACGGAAGCGAAAAAACAGAAAUAAUAAGAAGGCUAAAGAUUUUACACAUUCCAACGUCUCGUUAGGCACUGAAAUUGACUCUGCUGAUAAGAAUAAUGGUGCCAACGACAGUAAGAAUUUGUUGGUGGUAUCAGAAAGUGAUAAACAAUCAAAUGAAAUACCCGAGGAUGCCUAUCAAGACAAGUCGGCAGACAGUCACCAAUAUACUGAUGAGUGGAGUGAUUAUUUUCGAAAUGCACCCGAUGGUUGGGAGGAGUAUUGGGACAACUGUGGAGAGCAGUUGGUAUGGCAUGAUUGGCAGGAAAAAUAUCCUUCUGUUUAUGGUGUAGACAGUUUGUGUACUCAUAAAAAUAAAGUGGAAGUUAAAAAUGGUGAAUGCUUUGAAAACAACUUCGAAAAUGUUGACCAACAUGAUAAUGAUUUGCAUUUCAAACAUGUCCAGUUUGCGUCUAAUUGCAAAGAAGACGAGGAGACACAAAGUGGCGGGAAAUGCGAGCAAGCAGGUUUGCAAGAGAAUGUAGAAAUUGAUUGGAAUGAUCCUGUCUGGUGUGAACGUUAUCAGACACAUUACUGGCAAUCACUAUGUCAUUAUAUGGAGUUGUUUAGAAUGGAACGAGAAGAAACAUCCUCAGAACGGGCACACAAUAACGACUUCAACGAGAAAGAGCACUCAGUUGGAACGUCUGGCGUGACUAAUACAGUAACCUGUGAAAACAUCGAUCCUGUAGAUGAACGAAACAAAGAGGAACAAAACGAGGGAGAGCUGAUAGACAAAAUUGUGGACCAGCUUGUUUCCGACAUUUUACAACAGGUAGAAAGCGAAGAGAAAGCAGUGAAAACGAAGAAAAAGAAGAAGAAGAAGUCCAAAAAGAAAACAAUUUUAGGCGUGGCAGGUUUUCUUGAUAUUAUGAAUGAUGCUUUUCCGAACACGAUGGCUGAAAAUGUGAGUUACUGUGAGUCUGUUCCUGAUGAUAUAAACUGCUCGUGUGACGUCACAGAUUCGGAUGCAACUCCUAAAAAAAACGCACUUGAUACCAACAGUAAGAAUAGUUUGGAUAAAAAAAAUUAUUUUACGUUAGAAGACGAGAAAAUGCUACGGACAGGAUACAGCUUUUUAGAACUACACACGAACAGGCGCAAGAGACUGUCUCAACCGAUAUUUUCAGGCGGCAUGGCGUGCACGAUUUCCCAUCCAACUGGAAAACGACGACGCAUUGAAAAUACAGGGUUUAGUGAUUAUAGCGAUGAAAGCGAGUUCGGUGUGACAAAUUUCACACCAUUUAAUAAAACUGUGGAAUCGAAUGCUUUAGUGCAAGAAAACUCUGAUCCUGCACAAAUCAAAGUGGUGGAGGAAAUAGCCAUUAGGGAAACACCUUCAUAUAUCGAAAAAAGUAAAAAUGACGAAUCGUGUGAAAGGGAUAUCCCUUUAUUGGAUAAAGUAAAAAACUUUUUUGUUAACAUCAAGAACGCUUUUUCGGGUUGUAAACACGAAACAGUAGUCCGUUAUUCAGCCUUAGAUGAAACCGUAAAAACUGUUGCUGUAGAGAAGAAAACGCAAAACAAAAGAAAAAAUAAGCACCGUGCGGGUACGACAUCAGACGAAAAGCCCAAACCUGAUAUUUCUGUACCAGCCAUCCUUACAAAUGAUACGGAAUUUGAGCUUCGAAAAUAUUGGGCACAACGCUAUAGAUUAUUUUCGCGUUACGACGAAGGUAUACUGCUCGAUAAAGAAGGCUGGUUUUCUGUUACGCCUGAAAAAAUAGCGGAACAUAUAGCUGAACGAUGCCAAUGUGACGUCAUAGUGGACGCAUUUUGUGGCGUUGGCGGUAACGCCAUACAAUUUGCUUUUACGUGCGAACACGUGAUAGCUAUUGAUAUCGAUCCCGUAAGAUUGGCGUAUGCGAAAAACAAUGCACGCAUUUAUGGUGUUGAUGAUCGCAUUUCUUUUAUUCUUGGAGACUUUUUUAAACUCGCACCCGCUUUAAAGGCCGACGUUGUAUUUUUAAGCCCUCCCUGGGGCGGACCAGGUUAUAUUUCUGCUGACGUAUUUGACGUAGAAACAAUGAUUCAGCCAGUUACAGGGCGCCAAAUGUUUGAAGUGGCGGCUCGUAUUACGCCUAAUGUGGCGUUCUUUUUGCCGCGAAAUGUUGACACGGAACAAGUGGCGUCGCUUGCUAAACCGGGUAGUAAAGUCGAGGUUGAGAAAAAUAUUUUGAAUUCAAAGGUAAAAACUAUAAUGGCAUAUUAUGGAGAGCUUGUCAGUAAUAUAUAGCGAGUGUUUGUUAUCCAUCUACUGUACCGAUGAAAGUAUCUAAAAAAUUUUAUCGUUUUAUAGUUUGA